AUGAAUCUUAACCGUGCUGUUUACCACUACAAUUUACUCAAAGUAAUUGCCGUUGCUGAAGCUUGUGGAGAGCUAGAUCCACCCAAAAUCAAAUUUAAUAUUUUUUAUGAAAAUAUAAGGUGUUAUCCCGAAAAAUUUUUUGAAUAUUAUAGAAUGUCAAUCAGUUCUUUUGACGAACUAUUGGAAAAAAUACGACCUUCUAUAAAAAAACAAAACACUGCAUUUCGUAACGCCGUAAGUCCAGAAGAACGUCUCACCGUUACAUUGAGAUUUUUGUCAAUUGGCAUAAAUUUUGUUGCCUUAAAAUAUGAAUUUUCACUUGGUAGAAUCACUAUUAGCAAAAUUAUUAAAGAAACGUGUGAAGUAAUUUGGAAUAUUCUGCAGCAAGCUGAAAUGCCAAAACCAAGUUCCGAACAGUGGCGUGAUGUAGCGGACAAAUUGUUUACAAAAACCCAAUUUCCCAACUGUGUGGGAGCUGUUGACGGAAAGCAUAUACGAUGCGUCAAUCCUAAAAACUCGGGAUCAAUUUAUUUUAAUUAUAAGAAAUUUUUUUCGAUAGUUCUAAUGGCAGUAGUGGACGCAGAAUACUGCUUUAUAUCUAUCGACGUAGGUGCAUACGGACGAGAAGCUGAUUCCACUGUUUUUAAAGAAUGUCCCUUCGGAAAACUUUUAUAUUCGGAACAACUUGGCUUACCGGCACCGGUUUGUUUGCCAAAUACCAGUGACAACCCUCAGCCAUAUGUUGUAAUUGGAGGUGAAGCCUUUGGUCUACAUAAAAAUUUAUUAAGACCUUUUCCGGGACGUGGUAUUGAUCAAAGAAAAAGGAUUUUUAACUAUAGGUUGUCAAGAGCAAGGAGGUAUGUAGAGUGUUCUUUUGGCAUACUGGCAAAUAAAUGGCGAGUUUUACAUACAGCAAUAAAUGUAGAACCGGAUUUUGCCGAUAUUAUUGUUAAAGCUUGUUGUAUACUUCACAAUUUUGUCAGAAGAAGAGACGGUGUCAAUUUUGAAGAUACGCUAAGCAAUAGCUUAGAUGAUUUAGAAGUACACCAGAAUGAUACUGGAGGUCGUUCACAAGGCAAAGAUGUUAGGGACUAUUUUGCAAAUUAUUUUUUAGAGGCUGGAUCUGUUCCAUUCCAAUAUAGAUUUGUAUAA